AUGAUUGAGCCAAGAGGUAAUACAGCUAAAAUUGAGAAACUAGAAGCUAAUUUGGAGCUUUUUUCAGUUUUGUUACAAACGAAGAAUCUUUUAGAUAAACAGCUGGAGUCAAAAAUUGAUAAAAUCAAGGAAGUAGUCAAAGAGAUUAAUGAUUGUGAAGAGUAUGAAAAAAAGCUCAAAACUCAUCAAGAAUCUCUAGAGAAGAAAAUAAACAUGUUGGUAGAGUUACAAGACAAAUCCAUUCAAGGUGAUUUUGAAGCUGAGUUAUUUAUUGAAGCUGUAAUUUCAGGGUGUUUUGAACCUGAAGAUUAUUGGGAUAUUGAUGAUUUUGAUAGUGAACAAGAUGAUGAUGACCAGCAAGAUCAUGGGGAUGAUGAAUUAGAAAAUGAAGAGGUCAUAUCAUGUUUAUAA